UUUGCUGAUUGUUUUGGUUCGUCCCAUUUUUGAGCAUCCACCAAACGGUAGAAAUUGUGUUGUUUUGUCAUGUUAUGACCACUAAACUACCUCAACAAGCUAGUUCAUCAGAAGUGUAGUCAUCCUAGAUCAUAUACGCUUCAUUUUGGACGUGUACUCUGGCUAACUACCCACUUAAAUAGCGUGUAAGAGUUGGAACUGAGCGAGAACUUUCCACGGAGUUUUAUUAAUUUGUCUACCAAAAGGAGCUAGUAUCACGUGCGCAGUGACCCCUACCGACCCGACGGCCAUUAUAUUCACGCGUGUCAGUUCGGUGAAUUUCAACGUCAUUCGAUCCUGCAUCCUAAAGAAUAAAUCGCGCCACCACGAAAAAAAAAAAAAAUGCAGCGCGCCAUUCAUGCCAACCGGCUUGUGAGUGUUAUAUCACCACCGUACGGCGGCCAAGCAGCAUCCUGGACUCGAACCAAACUACCGGCAUGCUGUAGACCAUUUCUUGUCGGUGCAAACAUGAUGGCAGGCGGUAUAAAUGGAAGCCAGCCGCCGAGGCGAAAAGUGCUUACGUUAGCCACUAUGAAUCCCCACAUCAAGGUGAUGGAAUACGCCGUGAGAGGACCGAUUGUGGCCAGGGCGACGGAGUUGGAAAAGGAACUCGAACAGGGUGCUAUCAAACCAUUUAAAGACAUCGUCAAGUGUAACAUCGGAGAUGCACAUGCCAUGGGCCAGAAACCUUUGACCUUCCUCAGACAGGUGGUUGCCCUUUGUACGUACCCCAAACUACUUGAAGAUAAGAACUUCCCUGAAGAUGCCAAAGAGAGAGCCAGACGAAUCCUUCAUUCUUGCAAAGGAGGAAGUAUAGGUUCUUAUAGUGACAGUACCGGUCUGGAUGUGAUCAGACACGAUGCUGCAGAUUAUAUCCAGAGGAGAGACGGAGGUAUCCCUAGCAACCCUGAUAACAUUAUGCUGUCAGCCGGAGCUAGCGAAGCAAUUAGGUGUGUGCUAAAGAUGCUGGUCUCGGGAGAGGGUAAAGAGAAGAGUGGAGUGAUGAUACCAAUCCCUCAAUAUCCACUCUACUCUGCAACGUUAGCUGAAAUAAAUGCCGUCCAGAUCAACUACUAUUUAGACGAGGCCAAAAAUUGGUCGCUGGAUGUAUCUGAACUUCAGAGGUCGAUAGAUGAGGCAAGGAAACACUGUACACCUCGAUGUAUUGUCAUCAUUAACCCUGGAAACCCAACAGGUCAAGUUGUUAGUAGGAGCAACAUUGAAGAUGUCAUCAAGUUUGCUCACAAAGAGAAUCUCUUCAUCUUAGCUGAUGAGGUGUACCAGGACAAUGUGUAUGCCAAGGGCAGCCAAUUCCACUCCUUCAAGAAGGUCUUAACGGAGCUUGGAGACAAGUAUUCCAGUCAAGAGCUAGCAUCCUUCCAUUCAACGUCCAAGGGAUACAUGGGAGAGUGUGGUCUCCGAGGAGGUUACUGUGAGAUCCAUAACCUGGAUCCUGACGUCAAAUCUCAACUCUUUAAACUCAUCUCGGCAAAGCUCUGUCCCACAGUCUCUGGUCAGGCCGUGAUGGAUGUAGUAGUCAACCCACCGAGGGAAGGAGAAGUCUCAUAUGAAUUAUUCGCUAAGGAGAGAGCUCACGUGUUAUCGACGUUAGCGGAGAAGGCAAAGAUUGUUGCCGAGGCGUUCAACUCCGUGGAGGGAGUGACCUGCAAUCCGGUCAUGGGUGCUAUGUAUUCCUUCCCGAAUAUCAAGCUUCCUCAGAAUGCCAUCAAUAAGGCCAAGGAGAUGAAUAAAGCACCCGAUGUGUUCUACGCUGAGCAUCUUUUGGAGGAGGCCGGUAUUUGCGUGGUGCCAGGAUCUGGCUUCGGACAGAGACCAGGCACCUAUCAUUUCAGGAUGACAAUCUUGCCGUCUGUGGAGAAGUUCAAGGACGUGAUGGAAAGAUUCAAGAAGUUCCAUUCCAGUUUCAUGGCGAGAUACACGGACGAAGACUGAGAAGGCCAUAGUAGUCAAUCUGAUUAAACCACUCUAAUGUAAAAACAAAAAACAAAAACAAAACAGACAAUUCCAACCAACGAAGGUACCUGUUUAAUCUGAACCUCGAUUUCGUAUAGACGGUAAGCACAAAUGCUCAGCAUAAAAAUAGUGUUAAGCAUUUAAGGAAGUUCCACUCCAGUUUCAUGGCAAGAUGCAUGGGUGAGGACUGAGAUCUCCAUAGUAGUAAAUCUUAAAGACACUGUCAGGACACUAUUGGUAAUACUAAAAACUUAUUUUUGCCAUAAAAACUCACUUGGUACA